UUAGUGGGGAACUGUUGAAAAAGAAGGACCGGAAAUAGAUCCGGCUGAAUGUUGUCCGUAGAAAACAAGUAUCUAUGACAAUGUUCCAACGUCUUGUUGCCAUGGUAACCAUGAACGCUACACUGUAUCGGUAUGUGGUUAGCUUUAUACAUUGAAACAUUGCUAGUGCAGAAAAGGAAACCUAUGUCAUUGAUAACUUAGGACCAAAACCUGAACUGGGAUAAGCCGUCGAAUUUUGCUAUUAGUCUCUCAACUUUUAGCUAUAACAAUAUGACAACGAAUUAUGUUAGAAUUAAUCCCCCGGUUGUUGAGUUUACCGACGUAAAAGCAGGGAAGGUUUACAAGACCACUGUCACGGUGACCAACACUGGAAUUACCUCGAAAAGAAUGAGACUGCUUGAACCCACAUCAAAGCUGUUCAAAUUCAGGGUGACAAACACAGAAACCCCCGUUGCUGCUGGAUUGUCCCUGAGUGGCACUCUAGAGUUCAGGCCUGAGAAAGAUGAGGAUGUCUGUGACCGUCUGCUCCUUGUCCUGGAAGACAAAGCCAUGGAGAUCCCCCUCUUAGCGUUCUCCCCGGCGUGUUCUCUCACCAUGGAAUCUCUCGCUGAUUUCGGCUCUGUGAUGGCAAACAGUCAGGUGAUCAGCAAAGAGGUGGAAUUGACCAAUCAGGGAUCUGCUCCAGGAGCUUUUCAGGUGCUGUAUGAUGGAGACCAGUCCAUCAGGCUCUCUCCCAGCAGAGGCGUCCUGCAGUCUGGCGCAACCCAGUGGCUGAAGGUGGAACUGUGCACUGACAGACCCACGAGGGUCAGAGAGGAGGCCCAGGUGAAGCUGCAGAACAGGAAGGACGUGGUCCUGAAGAUCAGGGCUGAUGUUUUGGAGCAGAGCCUGGAGCUCCAGGACCUAGAGGGGGAGAGGUUGUCCUGCCUCCGCUUCGGACCCGUCUUCUUUGGGACGUCCCGGGUGGAAAAGGUGGUUCUGGUGAACAAUGGACCACAGGCCUGCGACUGGAUGGUGGUGCUGCAGGACGAUGCUCCAGGGACAGAAAUGGGCUUUGACCUCCAGAGGAGUACAGACGCAGCGCUGCUAGAGAGGAGUGUUCGUAACAGGGCCACCGCUGUGGAUCCCUCCACUGUGAUCUCCUGUGUGCCCAACGAGGGACGACUGAGACCCUACGACAGAACCACUCUGUGGGUCUGCUUCCAUCCUGUCAGCAGAAGAAGGAGCAGGGAGGAGCAGAAGACCAGUGGGGCCUCAGCAGCAGCCAGUAAACAAGACUACUCCCUCUUCCUCAUGUUUCAGACGGUGGGAAGUAAAGAUGGCUUCAACCACCAGCAGCACUCCACUGUACCUCCCCACAAUGGUUACUGUGUGGAGCUGGCGGUGACUGGCUCAGCUCUCCCUGUCUCCCUGGUGCCCAGCCCCGGCCACAGCUUCAGCUUCCAGCAGUGCCUGAUGGGAGAGCGUGUGGACGUCCUGUGUGUGCUCCACAACCUCUCCCCUCAUCUCCCUGUCACCUUCAAGUUCCGAAAGAUGGCCAACUUCAUCAGUGACCCUCCUAGUGGAACCAUCUCCCCAGGGCAGAGCCAGGACGUGGUGCUGUCCUUCGCCCCCCACCAGAUGGGGACGUUCAAGGUGAAACAGGUGCUGGAGGUGCUGGGUCAGGUGGUACACCUGGAGCCCUCCUCCAUCAAGCUCCGCCUCCGCAGCUUCCACACCAUCACCCUGCACCUGUCAGCCGUUUGCCGGGCGGAGACCGCAUACGAGACACCCAAACUCAACCCCGGAAUCACCCCGGCUGUGACCAAUGAGACAGGCCAGUAUGCCCGGGUGCCCUCCAGUGAGCUGGGCAGGUGUGUGGGAUUGGUGCGGGCAGCUGUCCUCAGCACGGCCAAGACCCGGCUCCACAGCCACGGUCAGAGCCAGAGCCACCGUAGGAACCAGAGUCUAGACGGUAGCCGGCGAGAGCUACUGGCCUUCCCCAACGACAGGGCCUGCAGUAUCCGCCCUGCCUCUCCAGACACCACCUACAGGACCAUCUUCACGGGGGUAGAGCGUUACCGCUACGAGGACCCUGACUUUUCCUUCACAGAGGAGGAGGAGCAGCAGAGACAGAGACACAGAGAUCACUACCUAGCCUUCAUCAGGAGCCUGCGAAAGACACGCUUGCAGAAAACCACUGCGAGGCUGCAUGGUGAGGUGGAGGACAACAUAGACAUUGGGCUCCGGCCUGCCGCAGGACUCCUCACCCCCCAGCUCUCUCUGAGGGACCUGGAGUCCAAUCACAGCCUGGAGGGGCAUAGCGUCAACCAGGGACAUAGCCAGCUAUUGACCACCUGUAUGCUGGCUGCCAUGGAGACCAGGUCCAGAUUCAGACAGUUCAGCAGCUCCACCAUUCUGUAUCUGGUGUUCCUAGGUACUGUGGAGGCGUACAGGGAGUUAGACUGUGAGGUGAUGUGGCAUCCCUCUUUCUCCUCUCCUCUGGAGGGACAGUUUGACCUGUGUGUUCACCAGGGAAACACCGCACAGCUACGAUGUCUGGCCAAGCUUGGUUCAUCCAGUGUGCAGCUGGCUGAGAAACAUCUGGUGUUUGGAUCAGUACCUCUCAUCUUCCCCUCCGUCAGGACCGCAACGCUACACAACACAGGACACAACCAUGCCUACUUCCAGGUGUUGGACGUGUACCCCCUGCCUGGCAUGGUGGUGACCCCCACCGAGGGUGUGGUACCUGUGGGGGGGCAGGCAGAGGUCCAGGUGCACCUCAACCCCGGAGCUGUCAUGAAGUUUGACACCAGAGUGGAGAUAGCUCUAAGGAACAUGAAAUCUCUGGAGCUGAGAGUGGGCGGGUCGGUCGAGCCCCCCCUGGUGGACAUCAACGUGAAAUCCUUCCUGUUCCACGGGGUGUAUUCUGGUUCCAGUCGUGGCGUUCCGUUCUCCCUGAGGAACCGAUCCUCUGCCCUGGCCCGGGUCCAGUUUGACCUGUCAGAACACACUGACUUCACCAUCCACCUCCCUCCAUACUCUGCAGGUACGAGCCAGGAGCCAGACGUGUUUGUGAUGGAUUUACAGGGGCAGCAGACUGCCCAGUGUUGCCUGGUGUUCUCCCCUAAACAAGUGGCAGCGUAUGACUUCAACCUGCCUGUGACGGUCAACGGUGUGGGCAUGCCUCCCUUCUCCUCUUCCUCCUCCUCCGCCCCUCCCAGCUCUGUCCCCAAGUCCUCCUCUUCCCGGGACCAACACAUCGUCAACCCGCGGCCGCUGCCCAUCGCCAUGGAGACGCUAUCACGCAGGGUGCAGGCCACAGCCCUGUGUGUCCCACUGGAGAUGUCCCCAUCAAGUCUCCAGUUUGAUCUGGAGCCCUUUAGCUCAGUUACUACUACCUCACAAACUCAGACCGUAGAGCUGAGGAACGUGUCUGACAAGAGGGUGAGCUGGAGGAUUGACUGCAGCGCUGCAGUAACACCAGGAGGGGGCAGUAGCACCAGCAGCAAUGAGGGACUGUUCACUGUCUGUCCUACCGCUGGGACACUGGAGCCAUUGCAGUGUGUGUCUGUCACUGUCUCCCUCUCUCCUGAGAGAGUCACACCAGUGACAGCGGGUCAGAUCGAGGUGUCCCUCCCUCUGUUUCUGUCUGAGGAGGGGCAGGAGGAGAGAGAGGGGGAGGAGGGGGGAGCCCCUCACCCCUACAGGGUGCUGUCUCUCAGUGCCACCCCUCACCCCCCCAGCAUCACCUUCCUCCCCCCUCGAGUCCUCCUCACCCCUGUCCCUCUGGACACACCCUCCACCACCACCCUCUUCCUGCUCCCCACCGGGUACCCCAGUGGUUCCUGUCUGCGUGUGGAGGUGGAGGAGAUGGUUCUGAAGGAUGGCAGUCGGGUGAAGCCCCUCUCAGUCAGCCUGCCCCACAAUGGCAUCGUCCCUCCCCAGACCCACACAGAGCCCCAGACCCACAAAGAGCCCCAGACCCACACAGAGCCCCAGACCCACACAGAGCCACAGACCCACAAAGAGCCCCAGACCCACACAGAGCCCCAGACCCCCAUCAGCUGCACAGUGACCUUCUGCUCCCCUCAGCCCCUGGACCUCAGCUCACACAUCACAUUCCUGGACCACCUCAACAACAGGUUCAGGGUGGAGGUCUGUGCUACAGCAGAUAACAGUUUGCUGACAGUGUGGCCCUACCUGGCUCUGCACCGCUCUGAGCAGCAGAUAGUCCUCAAGAGUGGUUGUCUGAGCGGCUGCAGCGGCGAAUCAGGGCCCUCUCAGAUGACAGGGAAGGCGGUGCUACAGCCUUGCUACUCCCCCAGCCCUCUGUCUCGCUACACUUCCUCCUCCUCCUCCUUUGCUUUCCUCUCCUCCACCAGUAAUCACUCCACCUCUGACUCUGGAGACAGCAGGAGUAGGACUGGGAGUGCAGGACUUGGAGGGAAGGAGGACUGGCCCCAGAAGGAGACAGAGGGUGAGAGAGAGACGGAUGGUGUGACUGACCAGCAGCAGUGGCAGCAGCAGGGUAUACCAGUGUUUCCAGGGCAGGACUCAGAGGAGGGGUUGUACUACCACAGCAUCCUGCAGGCCGUACAGAAGUGGUUCAGUCAGUUUGGCUGGCCCCGUGGACCAAACCCCAUCUCUCUACCACGCUCUCUCAGAAGGGUGGUAUGUAGAGUCCAGACAGUAGACUCCAGCUCUAGUGAGUGGAGGAACUCGUACCUUAUGAGUCAAGGUAAAGACACACGGACCAUCUACGACAUGCUGCGUCACCUGAGCGGACAGACACUUCCUGGUGUGAGCACCAACCAAUCGUUGCCCUGCAACCUCACUGAGCGCGUGCAGCAGCUGCUCCACUGGAACACAGUGCUGCUGGCCUUCCUCAGGAGGCAGGGAGCCUGUCUGUCCCACAUCAGACCUGAGUACCUGUUAGACUCCCAGGAGUUCAGCCACUGGAGCUCUCUACAGGCCCAGUCCCAGUGUGAUCAGAGGGGGAUGGACUACAGCAGCAAGGUCUUUGAAUCCCUCAGUAAAAGGGCCUGGAUGGAUGUUCUACUGCAGACCUACAAGGUGCUAGUCCUGCCGCGGGUGACAGAGGGUCCCUUGUCCCUGGGCCUCCAGAGCUGUGACAGUGGCAGCAUGGAGCAGCAGGUCCCCAGGAUAGACCCAAAGCCCCUGACCUCUAACGUCUACUCCACCUGGGAGAGGAGGCUACUCACCUGGCUCAACCUGCACUACCACAGCAUGAGGACUACCGUCUGGAGCCCACUCACCUCUACAGGAGACGUCCCAUCAGCCCGCUGGGUGGUGAACUUUGACCUGGACCUGGCAGACGGCCUGGUUCUGGCUGCUGUGCUGGCUGCCUACUGUCCCUUUCUGAUCCCCAGUCAUCUCCAGAGGAUGUACACCAGCAUCAGCCGUCUGGAACAGAACCUCCACAACAGUAUCAUCCUCAGCCAGGCCUUCACACUGCUCUGCCUGGACAUAGACAUCCAGCCCACAGAGCUGUCAGACUCUAACCCUGUUCUGAUGUUGAUGCUGUGUGUUUACCUUUAUGAAACGCUGCCCCAGUACCUUCCCAGGAGAACCAUCACUCUGUCUGGCAGCCUGCACCACACCUUCACCAAGCAGGUGCGUCUGAAGAGCCCGUCCUCCAGAACGAUGUUCUACCAUGCCUCCAUCGUAGGGAAGGAGGCCCAUCAUUUCUCCUUGCCCCAAGGAGCUUCCAUCAUCAUCCCUCCUAAGGGCGUCUGUGUGGAGGUGACCGUGCAGUACUCCUGUUCCUUCCUGAGGCCAAUGGCUCUGGCGGCUCUGCCAUCUACUGCUUUGACAUCACGUUAACUCUGCUCCUCAGCCACUCCCUCUGGAGCCACUCUGGCCUUCAGCCUCAAGACCCAGGUCACACACAUCACCCCCAGCGGGAUAGUGAAGUGUAAAUCCCCAUGUUACCAGCUGAAGGAGCUCCAACUUAAAGUAAAAAACCAUUUCAGCAAGGAUGCCAUGUUCAGGGUGGUGUUGGUGGAGUCUAAAGCCAACAUGCUGCAGGUGGAGAAGAGUCAGGAGAGCCUCAUUCAACAGUUCUCCUUUAGGACCAACCCCAACUCAGACAACAACACCAGUCUUUCUACAGAUAGGUUGAAUGGUGGAACUGACUGUGGUGAGUGGGAGGACGGUGACCUUCACUGUGAUCCUGCAGAUGAGUGUGGUGUGAAUGAGUUCUUCAGUCCUGUCAGGAGUGUGAGUCUGGCGGCUGGACAGACAGAAACCAUAGAGCUCCACUACCUGCCCUUCCACCUGGGGAAAAGACACUGCUCCGUCCUGCUAGUCAGCCAGCAGGUUGGUGAGCAGGUGUAUCUUGUGGAGGGGACAGCAGAUCUUCCCCUGUCCUCCCCUCUGACCACAAAGCCCAGUCCUAAUGUAGUCCAUGUUAGCAGCGCCACCUCUGAUGGUGCUGAUCCCAGGCCUGCGGUGAACCUGCGUUGCGGCGUGGGCAGCACCCUGGAUGAGGUGGUGUGUGUCCCCCUGGUUAACGGGCUGUGGGAGCGGGCGCUGGCCACCGUGGGGCAGCAGAGGAUGAGCCCUGUGGAGAAGAAGAGGCGCAGCCUCACACACACUCUGGACAGCAGCACCGUCCGGGCCGGGGUGGCGGCCGCUGCACUCACCACCUCACAGUCCCUGCUGGUCCCUGGUCCAGUCCAGUCCCAGGUGGUAGAGUACAGUGUGGAUGUCUCUCUCCCGGAACACUUCCUCCUGCCUCAUACCAUCACUCUGCCUGUGGCCAGGGACGCACAGGUCACACAGGACAACCUCACAGACUCUGAGGUGGUGAUGGUACCACUGAGGUUCCAUGCCCACGUGGCCGGUCGGUUCCGGUGCCAGCUGGUUCUGCAGUCGUGGCGUGACAUCAGAGUCUACCUGCUGGAAGCCGUGGUUACCGCAGAGGGAGACCAUGCCCAGCUAGAGUUCACCACGCCCGCUCACCUGUCUGUCACUCAGGACAUCCCUCUGAUCAAUGAGAGCAGACAGGACUGGCGUCUGCGAGGCUUGGUUAGUGGCUGUGGCUUCUACGGCCCUCCUGUGGUGUACAUACGGGCCGGGGAGAAGACCUGUUACCCCCUUACCUUUAGACCCACCACACAGAGCAUCGUCACGGGCAGGCUGUCCUUGCUGAAUGACACAGAUGGGACGGAGCACAGCUUCACCCUGAGAGGGGUGGGGGAGCGGUCCCUACCCCUGGACCACGUGGUGAUACACUGCUCUGUCAGACAGGUCACACACAGCACCCUGCAGGUCCCCAACUACAGCCAGCACCCCCUCACCUGUCAGGUGGUAUCAGACCUCUCCAUCGUCAGUGGACCGCCCACCUUGGACAUCAAACCAGGUCACACCGUCCCCUACACCGUGUCUGUGUCACCAUGGAAACGAGGGAAACAUACAGGGUCCAUGUCAUUCCUAGCCGUGGAGAGUGAGACAGGAACAGGGAAUGAGUCCAGGCAAUAUGAGGUGUGGUUCUCUAUAGAGGUCAUAUGUGAUCCUGCUCCUCCCCUGAAGGUGCUGGCUGUGCACUGUGCUGUUCAGAGCUCUGUUGCCGUGGAGAUCCCCCUUAGUAAUCCGGAGGCAGAGCCGCUUGAGCUGUGGGUGUGUCUGGAGGGAGAGGACCUGAGUGGAGACACCCUGGUGUGUGUCCCUCCCCAGAGCAGUCUCGACUACACAGUCACCUUCUCUCCUGCUGUAGUAGGGAAGAGAACAGACAGUGUGGUCUUCCAGUCGGAGCUGGUGGGAGAGUUCUGGUACCAACUGGACCUGCUGGCCCAACCUCCUGUCCUCACCACCUUACCACAGAGCAGCUGUGAACUGGGAAAGUGGACCAGGCUGUACAUCCCACUGGUCAACCCCACAGACGAGACACUGGAGCUGGGCACGGUCAACAGCAACCCUCGCAAUUUCACCCUGGAGCUGGACACCAGCAGACCACUCAUCAUAGCACCACACUCGUCCACCCAGGUUCCUGUCCGUUUCAGCCCAUCAACCAUCGGAGCUGGAAACCACACAGCCAAGAUCUCCUUCACCUGCUCUCAGUUAAAACACUGGAGCUUCCAGCUGUGUGGUGAAGGCCUGACCCCUGGGAGGAUGGAGCCUCUGUCUGUAGCCUCCCCUGUGGGAUCUCAUUCCUCCAUCAUCCUCCCCUUCAGGAACCCUACUGAACACCCAGCCCUGCUGCACCUCAGACUCACAGACGAGGAUCCUGGUCAGAAGAGAUCAAGCCAGUCCUUCAUCUGUGACAGGAAAGUGUUCUGCAUCCCCCUCAAACAGACACAAGGUGUGCGUGUGUCUGCGGGGGCCAGUGUGGACAUUCCUGUGGUGUUUGCCCCUGACUCCAUGCAACUGCACCAGGCCUGGCUCCUGGUUCAGCUAGAGCCCCUCUUCAACCUCCCCCGCCUGGACUCACCACUCACCACGGCCCAGAGGGACAAGUGUGUGGAGGUAGAGAAGGACCGGGUGCGUUUGGUCUGCUGGGUCUACCCCAUCCAUGGCAUCCCAGAGGCCCCUCCUGAACCCUCUCAUCCAGCGGUGAUAGAAUGUGAGGCUCGCGGUCGAGUGGAGGAGAGAGUGGAGGUGCUGUUGACGGGAUGUGUUCCUGGCUCCUCCAUCAGCAACACAGACACAACUCUCAUCAGGGCCCCCUCCUCCAUCAGCAGCACAGACACAACUCUCAUCAGGGCCCCCUCCUCCAUCAGCAACACAGACACAACUCUCAUCAGGGCCCCCUCCUCCAUCAGCAACACAGACACAACUCUCAUCAGGGCCCCCUCCUCCAUCAGCAACACAGACACAACUCUCAUCAGGGCCCCCUCCUCCAUCAGCAACACAGACACAACUCUCAUCAGGGCCCCCUCCUCCAUCAGCAACACAGACACAACUCUCAUCAGGGCCCCCUCCUCCGUCAGCAACACAGACACAACUCUCAUCAGGGCCCCCUCCUCCAUCAGCAACACAGACACAACUCUCAUCAGGGCCCCCUCCUCCAUCAGCAGCACAGACACAACUCUCAUCAGGGCCCCCUCCUCUGGAACCUCAGCAGCAGGCUUCAGGCUGGCUCUAGAAGACUUCCUAUGUGAGGUGUGUUAUAACAGUGAUGCUGAGCGGUCCCAGCUGGAGGGCUGUGUAACCCUGUCUCUACUGAACUGUCACCGAGACCCCAACUCUGGCAUCGUCUCUCUCACCAUCAACCUCAUCUUCACCCCUUACAAACCUCUCAGGUGUUCAGCUGUGCUGGCGGUUCAGUGUUUGACAGGUGGGCUCUGGAAGUUUCCCAUCAGCCUCAUCUCCACCGAGCCGCAGGUUGAUGACGUCAUCACCAUUAACGCUGCAGGGCUACACAAGACCUCUGCUGUGGGCUUCAGACUGACCAGCCAGACCAGGUACCCAGAGCCGUUCACAGCAGGGUUCCUGCCAGGUGGGGGCAGUGAGUUCCAGGUGUGUCCCUCCUCAGGUGAGCUCCUCCCAGUGGGGUCAGCCGGUACCCUCCUCACCAUCUCCUUCACCCCCUCCAUGUACAGCAAGAGACACCACGCUACGCUGCUGGUCCAGACAGCAAACAUGCAGUGGACGUACGAGGUGAAAGGAACCACGCCUGCUUACACCCCACCCCACUCUGCCUCCUCCAAUGGGAACACCUCUUCCAGGGAAGUCCCUCCCACUGAUGUCCGCCAGAGGAACUUUGUGUCCCAGAACCUUCAUCUCCCAGCCGUGGCGAACUCCUCCCCCAUCAAACACAGAGCCUCCGCCUCGCAGAUCAGAUAGAGAGAUCAUUCUCACACUACACCCCACCCCAUUCCUGUGUCAUUGAAAUGAUCAUACAGGAGGUUUGAAUAAUUAAAGUGCCUCUGUACUUCA